AAAAAAGUAGGCGAGAAGAGCGAGGGAGAAGGAGGUGGGAUAGGGGCACGCCGAAAUCCUGAAGGCAACUCACAACAAUGGAGAUAUGAAGGUAGUCGAAGACUGAUGAGUGGGAAAGAGUAGGCUAAAAGAAGGUGUGUUGAGUACGGUUAUGACGGGGAGAAGUCCGCAGAGAGACCCUGCGGUCGAAGAAGACCUAGGUAGUCUCCGGGUUAAACCUAGUCCGGGUGCAGCUGUACGUAUUUCUGCUGCUGCCACCACUUGCGAAGAAGCCGACAGAGUGGAGAUUGAGGCGGAGGGAUGUGGGGAAGAGGAAUUACUGCUACCAACAACAGCCGGUGAACACUCAUCGCCCAGGGUUAACAAGGAGAGGUGGUCCAGAAAGAAUCGACUGAGCUCGUCCUCGGACAAAGAGAACUUGUCGGUAUCAGGUAGUGUUGGGGGCACUGGUGAUCUGAACACUUUCCCAGAAGAUCCUGAGUUUUAUGAAAUCAUUCGUCGAGCAGAACAAGCUAUAGAGUGUGAAGUGUUCCCUGAAAGAAUUUCUCAGGGUUCAAGUGGAAGCUACUUUGUCAAAGAUCCUAAAGGGAAUAUCAUUGGUGUAUUUAAACCAAAAUCUGAAGAGCCUUAUGGACAUCUAAAUCCAAAAUGGACCAAAUACUUUCACAAGAUCUGCUGCCCUUGCUGCUUUGGAAGAGGAUGCCUUGUCCCUAAUCAGGGCUAUUUGUCAGAGGCUGCUGCUUCACUUGUGGAUCAAAAACUAGGACUAAAUAUUGUACCAAAAACAAAGGUUGUUUGGCUCGUCAGUGAAACCUUCAAUUAUAAUGCUAUAGACAGAGCAAAGUCUAGAGGAAAGAAAUACGCUAUGGAGAAGGUGCCAACAGUUGGAAGAAGGUUUCAUCGAAUUGGACUGCCACCUAAGGUUGGUUCAUUUCAGCUUUUUGUUGAAGGUUACAAGGAAGCAGAUUUUUGGUUACGGAAAUUUGAGACUGAUCCCCUUCCAGAGAAUACAAGAAAACAGUUUCAGUCUCAGUUUGAACGACUAGUAAUAUUGGAUUAUGUUAUUAGGAAUACAGACAGAGGUAAUGACAAUUGGUUAGUCAAGUAUGAAAAACCAGAUGAAAAUUGUGACGUUGUAUGCAAGGACUCUGAAUGGUUGGAUACUAAAGAUCCUGUCAUAAAAAUAGCGGCAAUAGACAAUGGACUUGCAUUUCCAUUUAAGCAUCCUGAUGAGUGGCGAGCCUAUCCAUUUCACUGGGCAUGGCUUCCGCAGGCCAAAGUUCCUUUUUCUCAGGAAACCAGGGAUCUGGUGCUUCCGCGCAUCUCAGACAUGAAUUUUGUGCAAGACCUCUGUGAAGACAUUUAUGAAAUGUUUAUGAAGGACAAGGGAUUUGACAAAGCUACUUUUGAGAAACAGAUGUCUGUGAUGAGAGGACAGAUACUCAAUCUGAUUCAGGCUUUAAAGGAUGGUAAGAGUCCUAUUCAGCUGGUGCAGAUGCCCCGUGUUGUGGUGGAAAGAAGUAGAAGCGGAAGUCAAGGUCGGAUUGUCCAUCUUGGAAAUGCCUUCACACAAACUUUCCACUUCAAGAGGCCCUUUUUCUCCUCUUGGUAGAAAUUAUGAUUUCUUGUACGAGGACAGCUCUUGAAGAGUGUGGUUGAACCUUUUCAGUACUGUACUGCAGAUAUUUUUUAAUGAGAAAGCAAUCAAUGCAUUCUACUGCCAAAAGAACUUGAAUAAUUAAAGUGUUUCUGAAUGUAUCAGUAAGUUUACAGGACUUUUCUGUGCAGUGCUCAAACUUCACUAUUAAUGAAGGCCGCGCUGUAAAUAUUAAUAUUGUAUUUUUAUAUUAAAAAUGGUGGGAUUAAUAUAAAAUGGGGUUCUGUGAUGUAAUUUAUAUAGUUCUAUCUGAAAAGUGUAAAUGAUAAAUACAACACAAGAUUUUGAAAAUCACUUUCGUUUGUAAAUCUUAUUACUUAUUGGUGAUUUAAAAGUUAAAGACAAUUGAACAACAGUCUGAUAUAUUGCAAUAAAAAGCUUAACUGCAA